UCUCGUUGUCCAGGUUGGGGCGAGAUAUCGAUAUAGUUCACCCUGGUUGAUUAGUAAAGAUCCUGUAUGAUUGUCCUUGUAUAAGUAUAGUAUGAACAAAGUGUAGCGGCAGCUGAAGGGGAGGGUCGACCUAUAUACUGCCUAGAGCCACUAUGAUCAGUAUUACUUCCUUCCUGCUCUGGGCGGAACACGUGGUCUUUACCCUGGUCAUCCUAUGGGCAGUCCAGACAGCGUUCCUACACGGACUCGGUGGACUAGUCGGUCAGCUACUUCGGUUUUUGAAACUGACCGUUCCCGGGGUGGAUUCACUGAUUAAGUCCACGCUCCAGAAUGAGGUCCAGGGGUUCAUUAACCAGGUGAAGAGUGACCCCUCCCGAACCAGCGGGCAGACGCAGGCGGCCGCCAAGAGGAUUGUUGUGAUACCAAGAACAGGAAUUCCGCCAGCUGAACUGUUAAAGGAAAUGAACGCCAUGAAGGAGCGGGAGGUGGCUGUGAUGGAGGAAGGGAAGAUCUUCGCCUAUGUCUACACACAGGAGAACGACAAGCUGGAGCAAGUGCAGCUCGAGGCUUUCAACCUUUAUACUGAGCAACCCCAGCUCUCUACUCACCACGAUAAACUUGUGCUGGAGGCCCACCACGCUUUCCUACACGAGAACGCGCUCAGUCCCAUGGUGUUCCCCAGUCUACGAAAAUUUGAAACUGAAGUGAUAUCUAUGAGCGCCAACAUGCUUCACGGGGAUGGUCACGUGGUCGGUUCUCUUACGUCAGGAGGCACGGAAAGCAUUCUUAUGGCGGUAAAAACGUACAGGGACAGGGCAAGGAAACUUUUCCCUCACAUCAAAGUUCCAAACAUGGUAGCACCCGUCACUAUCCACCCGGCGUUCGUGAAGGCGGCCCAUUACUUCGGUCUGGAGCUGGUCACAGUGGCCGUAGACCAGAGAUCUCAGAGACCAGACAUGGCGGAGUAUGAACAGGCGAUCACUGCGCAGACGAUCGUCCUCCUGGCGUCCGCACCCCAGUACUGUCAUGGCGUCGUGGACCCUAUUCCUGAGAUCUCUGAGAUUGCCGUCAGACGCGGCCUACCUCUACAUGUUGACGCUUGUGUUGGUGGUUAUAUGUUGCCAUGGGUUGAAAAAUUGGGCUACCAGGUCCCAGAGUUCGACUUCCGGUUGCCUGGCGUGACGUCAAUGUCAGCUGACCUCCAUAAGUAUGGGUAUACGUUCAAAGUCGUCUUCUCCAAUGCAGGUGCUCUCCGCUAG